AUGUGUCAACAAGUCUUAAUUUGGGACGUGGUCGAUAUGAUAAAUCAUACACUCUUAAAAUAUGAACUCAAAAUAUCUGUUUUAGGUUUAACCAAAACGCCAACGUUAAUAUCUGGAAGAAUCCUCACACUUUUUAUUUUUCUAUUAUUUUUGUUAAUAUAUCAAUUUUAUUCUGCCAGUAUUGUUUCACAUUUACUUAUGAAAGAUACAACCACAAUAAAAACAAUUCAUGAUAUAUUAACAUCUUCGUUGGAAGUUGGUUGUGAAGAUAUAUUGUACAACAGAGAUUAUUUUACGUACACAACAGACAGUGCCUCCAAUGAAUUAUACCUAAAAAAGAUAUUUAAGAAAAACAAUAAAUCCAAUUUUUUAUCGGUGGAUGAUGGUAUUAGAUUAGUGGAAAAAGGAAAUUAUGCAUUUCACGUCGAGUUGGCCACUGCAUAUCCUAUAAUUGAACAUACUUUUGGAUUAAAAGAAAUUUGUCAAUUAAGAGAAGUUCAAAUGUAUAAAACCCAACCGAUGCAUGCAAAUUUUCAAAGAAAUUCCCCAUAUCGUGAUCUAAUAGACACCUGUCUGCAAAAACUAGCAGAGGAAGGUAUCUUGUCCAGAGAACUUCAACAUUGGCAUCCAAGAAAACCAGGAUGUACCCAGUCUUCAUUAUCCCGACAGUUUAAUGUUGGAUUGGAAGAUUUUUACCCAGCCCUAAUGACAAUGGGAAUUGGCAUUUGGUUAAGUCUCACAGUACUCUUUUUAGAAAUUUAUACAUACCGAAAAUUCAAAUCCUCUUUCCCAGUAAAUUUUACCAAUAGAAUUCGAAAACGUCAUUUUACCUAUUUGAACUUUAAAUUGUAAAUUAUACUUGUUAAUUGCACCGCUUCUAUUAUAUCACAGUACAAAGGUUUA